UUUUGUUUUCUCUUGGUGAGAACUUGGAGACGAUGACUACGAAGCUCUUCUCAUCCACAAGAGAGGAGGGAAAUGAGGGCGCAGGACCCCGUUUUAGGUCCAGUCAGAGGAAGAUAUUAAACUUUCUCCUGGAGAGAGACUCUUCCUUUACCAAUUAUCCAGAUCUUGCUAGAACUCCAGUAAACAAACUCUUUGGUGAUUCUGCAAACCUAAGCAUGUUAUCUGGAGGAACCCCAAAACGUUGCCUUGAUCUUUCAAAUAUUAGCGAUGGGGAGAUGUCUGCCACUCAGCUUACCACUUCUACAGACCUUGAAGAAACUGGUCACUUGAAUUCUUCAGGAUCUCAGGAAAUACUGUUAGGUGGGAUGAAUCAUCACCAGCAACUUAUGAAAUGUAGCCCUGCACAGCUUCUUUGUAGCACUCCAAAUGCUUUGAAGUAUGGCCACAGAAGGAAAGAUGCAAUGUGUAGCUCAUCCACAAAUAAAGAAAAUGAAAAGAAAACUUUGAAUCCCUUGGAAUGGGAGGCUCCUAGGAACCUGAGCUUUCAAAAGCGACCAGGGGGACCUUAUGUUUCUCCUCUUUCUCUUCUGGACAAUGGAAACUUGGUGGAAAGUGAAAUGAAAUAUCUGGGCAGUCCCAUUACUGCAGUUCCAAAAUUGGAUAAAAAUCCAGAACUAGGAGAAGACCAAGCAGAAGAGAUUUCAAGUGAAUUGAUGGAGUUUUCCCUGGAAGAUCAAGAAGGAGCCAAGAUAAUAUUGAAGAAAUGCUGCUUGUAUCGCUCCCCUUCUAUGCCAGAGAAUUUGAACAGACCAAGACUCAAGCAGGUGUUAAAAUUCAAGGACAAUUUAAUACCAGAUAAAGUAAAAAAGAAGUAUUGUUAUGGCCAGAAAGAACUCAAGAAGGGCUUAGAUCUAAAGAAGACAGUCUCUCUCUGUGACAUAAAUAUCACUCAGAUGCUGGAGGAAGAUUCCAGCCAAGGGCAACUGAUUGGUGAUUUCUCCAAGGUAUGUGUGCUGCCAACCGUGUCGGGGAGACACCAAGAUCUGAAGUACGUCAACCCAGAAACAGUGGCUGCUUUACUGUUGGGGAAGUUCCGGGGUCUGAUUGAAAAGUUUUAUAUCAUUGAUUGCCGUUAUCCAUAUGAGUACUUAGGCGGACACAUCCAGGGAGCCUUAAACUUGUAUAGUCAAGAAGAAAUGUACAACUUCUUUCUGAAGAAGCCCAUUGUAUCUUUGGAUACCCAGAAAAGAAUAAUCAUCGUGUUCCACUGUGAAUUCUCCUCAGAGAGGGGCCCCCGAAUGUGCCGUUCUCUAAGAGAAGAGGACAGGAUGCUGAACCAAUAUCCUGCUUUGUACUACCCGGAGCUAUAUAUCCUCAAAGGGGGCUACAGAGAUUUUUUUCCAGAAUAUAUGGAGCUGUGUGAACCACAGAGCUACUGCCCCAUGCAUCACCAGGACCACAAGGCUGAGUUGCUGAGGUGUCAAAGCCAGAGUAAAGCACAGGAAGGGGAGAGGCAGCUGCGGGAGCAGAUUGCCCUCCUGGUGAAGGAUGUGAGCCCAUGAUGAUGGAUCAACCACUGGCCCCUACCAAAAGACACUAGAAACCCUGAGCAGAAAGAGCCCAUCCUCUUUAUGGCUAAACCAAGAUUGUGAAAAGAUGUCUGCUCACCAACAAACUGUCUGAUGAAAACCCAAGCCUGGCUUUCAGUAGAGCUCCUGGCUAGUGGCUGAAUCCUGUAGCAGGCUCUAUAAGGUGUAGUCUUGAGUUGCACAGAAAUUUAAUGCAUUCCUCUUCCCAACUAUGCACCAUGUCUUCUCAGAAGCCAGCAAGCUCUUUCUCUCCCUGGGCUUCUGGAUAUAUAGGAAAAUUGGCCACCUUCUUUCUCUGUAUUUCCCUUGUUUCCUCUUUUCCCACCCUGCCCCCAUGAGAAAAUAAACUUUGCAGAA